GGGCAAACCUGUGAAUCACGAGCCCAUUUUCAAACACAAGCAGGACACCUAUUUGGAAAUUGAAACAAAUAAAUUUAACGACACCCUGAGUGCUAGUGUUUUGUCUGUUUUUUACGGCGACCGUCUGUAGGAAAAAAUCCAAAAUGGUUUCCCUGAGGAUUAAGCAAGUGGCCAUUUUUGUGCUCAUCUGGGUGGUGUACGCAUCAACCUACCUGAUGCGAAAGCCCUUGGGCGUCAUCAAACACCUGAUGGCGCAGGACAUGCACCUGUCCAAGGUGCAACUCGGCUGGAUGGACACGGCCAUGCUGCUGCCGUAUGCGGUUUUGCAGGUCAUUUUCGGGCCUGUUGGAGACCAACUAGGCCCAAGGAAGACUGUCGGCAUCUGCCUCUUUAUCACAGGACUGAGUCUCUUGUCCUUCAGCUCGUGGGACAGUUACUUCAUGUUGCUUGUCCUAUUGUUCAUCAGUGGUGCCGGCCAAGCUCCCUGCUGGCCUGCCUGUUGCAAAUGUUUGUCGUCUUGGUUUCCUGAUGACGCCCUGAACACUGUCUUUGGUUUCAUGUCUACAUCUGCUUUUGGAGGCAGCAUCAUCGCCUCGGCAGUGGCUGUGUACCUUCAGAAAAUGUACGGCUGGCGUUACGUAUUCUUCAUGCCCUCCUUCCUGGUCCUCUCCCUAUCCAUCUGCGCCUGGCUCUUCAUGAAACUACCUUCGGAGCUGCGGAUCACAAUUCCUGGCAAGGAGGAAAAGACUAAGAAACUUGGCUCCAACAGCAAUCCAAGUUUGUACGAGUUGUGGCGCAUUCCGUCUGUGUCCGAGAUGGCCACAGCCAUGAUGUGUCUCAAACUGGUUCGCUACUCCAUGUAUCUCUGGCUACCCAUUUACCUCUCGCAGUCUCUCAACUACCUGCCAGAACAGGCGGGGCUCUUCUCUGUUCUGUUCGACGUUGGCGCUGUCAUUGGCAGUGCCAUCCUGGGCUACAUUGUGGACAAGUACUGGCCGAAGCACCCUCUUGUACCCGUCCUCCUCUCCGGCUUUGUAGGCAUCGUGUCCUUUAUCCUGUUCACCCUGACCGCUCAGUGGGGUCUCAGCUACAACUCCAUUUUUAUGAUUGCGGCUGGGGCUGGGGUGUGCGCGCCAGAUGCUCUUUUGGGAGGCUCGGUUUCUGUUUCAAUUGGAGAAGCUGAUGGCAGGAAUUGUGGUGCAACCGUGACUGGUCUGAUUAAUGGAUUUGGUAGUUUGGGAGCGGUCAUUGAGGGGCCUCUGGUUGGACUUGUCACUGACUGGUUCGGUUGGAAUGCUAUGUUCCUUCUAAUUAUUUUCCUUUCGACUCUAGGAUCGAUGUGCAUUUUUAAAGCCAUAAUGAUUCAGAAAAGGCAAACCAGAAGCCGGCAGUUGUUGUUAGACCCUGAACUCAAUUAGUCGUGGUGUAAUAAAUGAUAAUUACAGUGCUGUUAAAAGGAUUUUUUGAAUAUUCUAGUUAAGAAACGCACUUUCUUUAAGUUAUUGAUUGCUGCAGGAUUUUAUUUAUUUAAUUUAUACUGAUCUCUCAGUGUUUAUUAGUAUUUUAACGAGUGAGAUGUAAGUGAUAAUUUAAUGUCAAAUUAACUUAAGAAAUAAAUGUAUAAGAUCUGUUUGAACGUUCCAUUGAUAAUUCCUGUUACAUUCUCAAUAAAAUUUCCUCAAAUUCA